AUGGAUGUGGCAUCCUCUUUUGGUAUCCUUGCCCAGGCCUUCUCUAAUACCGAAGAUGUGGAUCAUAUGGACACUUAUGGUGGAGUUGAUCUAGAUGCCUUUUCGCAGCUCAUCACCCCAGGCAGCAAACCAAAAUCCGAUGGACCACAUAUGAGCUGUACACACAAUGUUCCUCAGACAUAUCCACUAGACAGCUAUCUUACGACAAUAAACGAACUUCUCUCACCACGAACCCCGGACCUCAUUCUCGGAGAACAGCACCAGCCAUUUGAGCUCCAAAGAACAUUUGAAUUGCGGCCUCCACAUCUUUCCGAAGAAGAUUACGAAUACUUGGCGUUGAAAGGGGCGCUGAGGAUCGUCCCGGUUGAGCUUCGGAACCAGUUACUUGGGUCAUAUAUCAAAUAUGUUCAUCCAUUACUCCCGAUCAUUGAUUUACAGUCAUUCUUGUGCAGUGUCAUGGUUGAAGAUGAAACACGAUUUGCCAGUCCACUGCUGCACCAAGCUGUCAUGCUAGCUGGAAGUGCUUUCAUUGCACAAGAAGUUGCCAUUGGAGCCGGAUUCUCUUCACGAAAAGCAUUGCGAAGGACACUAUUUGACAGAGCCAAACUCCUGUACGAGUUUGAAACCGAAAACGACGCAUACACUCAAAUCCAAGCCUUACUACUCAUGACUCAUUGGCAUGGAAGUGGCGUUGGCCAUAAAGACCCAAUUUACUGGUUUGACCUUGCCUAUUCGACAGCAGAGCGUGUAAAUCUCCUCGGGAGUCUCGAGCCAGGCAGUUUCUCCCACAAGCACAGGCUAUGGUGGUGUCUAUACGUGCGCGACCGUAUUCUAUCUCUUGGUUUCCGUCGUGCGUUACGCAUCCCUAAUAGUGAUGUGACAAUGUCGCUCCUGGAGUCGACGAAGUAUUAUUCCUCGGAGCUGUAUCAUGAUUUCGUUCUUCUCAUGCUGGGGGAAGCCUCUGCUAUGCUGAAGUGGGAGAACCAAGAGCGGAUGAUGCUUCUCUUUAUCCAGGAGAUCAAACUCGCGCAUUGCGUCGGGGUCAUCGUGGAGUAUUUCUACCACGACUCAUGGACGCCUUCCCCAUCGGGAGAAGCUGUCUAUACCCUUGUCCCCAAAACAGAAAUAUCACAGGAUGCUAUAGCCAGCUGUGAACAGCUUCUCAAAACUUGGAUGCAGAACCUCCCUGCUCUGGCACACUACUUCCCUCCAUCGCUAAUGUGCGACCUUCAUCCCGAAUCUACCGAACUUGUUCUGCUAGUCCAUCAAGCUUUCUUGUAUCUUCUCCAUCUUACCGCGAUGUCAAUUCUGUAUAUAGCCGCAUCAAAAGGAGGAGACGAACUGGACCAAAGCGCCACGCCAGAGAUGAGAGGCCUGGCAUCGCAAGUCAACGAAACGCUCAACGAGUUGCAUGACUGUAGCAUGCUGCACUUACUGCCCGGAAGCGCUGUCACUAUUAUUGGAAUUAUUCUCGAGGCCAGCCUUCCUGAUUUGAAGGUUUCGGACAAGAUCGUCAGGCAGCAAGCUAUGUCGAAUUUGUAUGCUUGCGAGGAAGCGGCGGGGCAUCUACUGCAGACAUACCCUGCUGCAGAAAUUGUUAUUUCAAAGGUUCAGAAUGCCCGUGGAAAUCUACUGGGCUUGGUGACCACUUGA